AUCAAGAUGGCCGCACGCAUGGAUGUCUGCAAGUUUCGGUGUUAAACUGCUGUGAUCGUUGUGACCAAAAUGACGAAGAACAAAAACCAUCGUUCUGUUCAGAGCACAAAUGACAGUAGCAUACACAGCAAACUCUCUGUGGUCAAUAGUGGAUAUAUAAAAGAUGACUUUAUAGAAUUUUUCUGCAUAAAAAAGUGUCGCCGCUCGCCACUAAUCAACAGGGGUUACUACGUCAGAGCGAAAACAGUCUCUUCCGUAUUGGAAGCUUACUGCAAGAGCAUGAAAAACAACAAGUGUCAAGUGUUGUCAUUGGGGGCAGGAUUCGACACAACGUUCUUCAGGUUAAAAGCAGCACACACACUUCCUUCUUCAUGCCGUUAUUACGAAGUUGAUCUUCCGCAAGUUGUGCAAAAGAAAUGUGAAGUAAUCGCGAACUCACCACAACUGUCAGAUUUAGCGGGCACUCCAACGGGCACUGGCGCAUGGACGCACUACUGCGUUCUUACUCGAGAUUUGGCCCAGACGGACGGCUUGAAAACGACUCUAGAAGAACGGAGAUUUGAUUUCGACCUUCCCACUCUCAUUUUAGCAGAAUGUGUCCUUUCCUACCUGGACGUUGAUGACUCGAAUGCGUUGAUAAAGUGGACAACUCAUGAAUUCUCAAACUGUGCUUUUGUAGUCUACGAACAAGUCUAUCCAAGUGAUGGUUUUGGGAUGUUCAUGCUGCAGCAUUUUGCUACACUGGGAUCGCCUCUAAAGUCUUUACACAAUUUUCCCGAUCCAUCGUCUCUAAUGUCCCGCUACCAGUCGUUGGGAUACGACGAGUGUAAGUGCAUAGGCAUGAACGACUUUUUCACUUGGUUAGAUGACGUGAAGAGGAUUCGAUCGCUGGAACCCUUCGACGAAUUUGAAGAGUGGCACGAAAAGUGCAACCACUACGCGCUUACAGUUGCGACUAAAGGGCGAGAGUUAGUCUCCCUCCCCUUCUUCAAGGAUGCGGACCGCACACCAAUCCCGUUGUUUUCUGCACCCAUCAAACCUGCCUGUGUUUGGACGCAUCACGAGGCACCCCAGGAAUUAUGGAGAGCCGCUCACAGCUCGGUUAUUUUAUCAAAAGAUACUGUCCUUACAGUGUGCGGAUUUGCAAACAGUGACGGGGUGCACAAGCGGGUCUUCACCCCUGUACUUACAGAUUUAGAGACAAACACAACGCGACAGAUUGAAAUCGACAGCGAAGAGGCAUUCGACGGACGUCAGCAUGCUUGUGUCGUACGGUUCGCGGACGGCUCCAUCUUCAUCAACGGUGGACGAACCUCUCCGCUUCACGCAUGCCAAGACGACAUCAUGCUACAUCCAUGUGGGGGAAAGCCAGAUCGCUUUACUGCAACGUGUAUUAAGCGUAACUCUGCACCUAAGCCAAGGUGGAGGCACACUCUAAACGUCGUACAGUCGCGCGGCAGAGAGUUUGCUUUCCUUUUUGGUGGACGGACACCUCACGAUCCUGCCCUUAACGACUGCUACGUUUAUUCCGCGACCAGCAACACUUGGACGGAAAUACCCCAUAGUGCAGAGACUCCUAGCAGACGACACAGUCACGCAGCUGUCACCGUGAACGACACAAAGGUUCUCGUCACGUGCGGACUCGGAGAGGACGAAGUUCCGUCGAAAUCGAUUUAUUCUUACGAUGCAGAGUGUGGUGCGUGGGAAGCGCUUCGAGUCAGUGGCGUUACGGAAAGAUACAGUCACUCCGCACAUUUUCUGUGGCCAAACUUGCUUCUGUUGGUUGGCGGUGUCAGUAGGAAUCAUGCCAGACCGUGUGGCGUUGGGGUCGUGAACCUGACCAGCGGGCAGUGCGUCGAGGUGGCUUUUCCCUGUCAGAGCCCCGAACGGCCAAUAAUGCUGUUCAAACACACAAGUGUGUUGUGCGAAGAUGCUAUCAUGGUGACUGGCGGAGGCGGGAACUGUUUUUCAUUUGGCACUCACUUCAAUAAGUGGAUUGUGAAGAUAGAUGUCAGAAGUUGUUUGUCAAACCUUUGACAACAUUUUUCUGAUCAUUUGAGGGGUUGUUUUUCGUAUUUUUCUAUCCAAGCAAACCACUUCUUUUCAAAGAGCGCCACAACUUCUGCUGGUGGUGUAUUGGCCUGAAAAUGCAGGAAUAUUUGAGCCACAACUCUCGAGUUUUCGUAAUAAAAAGUACCUUUAUGAUAUCCGCGCAGUCUUCGGAUCGGACCUCUUCGCUUGUGUCGGCAUCCGCUGUCAUCUCCUAUGAGAAAUUUUUGCAGAGACAGUUAGCUUGCAACAAAAAUUUUGGGACUCUUACUUACCUUCUUAGCCAAUUCACGAAACUCUGCAGCUGCACUGAUUUCUUGCAAUAGCUUGCUGAUCUGGUUGGACAUGUUUGUACUGGUAGUGUAGUGUAUAUACAUUUAUAUAUAAAUGAAACAGAAGCUG